CAACAAGUUACAGAUAGCAACCAGAAGUCAGCAGCAAGAUGGUCCCCUCACGUAGCGUGUCAAUCCUCGCUGUGGUGCUAGCAAUUCUUUUGGCCUCCAUGUUUACUGAAGCGCAGAUCCUGGGCCGCGGCCAAUGCCGCCUCACCGCCAUUCGAGUGUCCGCUGGCGGGACAGUGUGCGAGAGACUCUGCUUCCGAAAAGACUACCGCGGUCCGCCGAACCUCUGCCGCCGCAUCCCCAGAGAUGCAGUGGUUCCUGUCUGCUCGGGUGGAUGCUGCCGCAGCGGUCCCAACUGCCUGCAGCUGCUUUACACAUAAAGUACUUGGAUAAGAUGCAGCACGUUUCAUCAAUAGUUUAGAUUUUAGUCGUACAUUCAGAAAAAGUCACUGGAAUGGGGCGCCCGCGGCU